AUGUUUCUCAAUGUCUUCUUCGCAACUCGUCUGCUCAUCACAGCUGCCUUCUCUUUACAUCCUCCAAACCUCCCUUUGCCGUAUCUCCUCUUCAACCAAAUCCCAAACCCCGACGUCUUUUCCUACAACAUCAUGAUCAAAGCCUCCAUGCUCACUUCAAACCCACUCAGUUCCCUCUCCUUCUACCACAAUAUGCUGCUCCAAGGUCUCCACCCAAAUGAGUACACAUUUUGCUUCCUACUCACCUCAUGUUCCCGUGCUCCGGCUCUCCAACAGGGCAGACAAGUCCAUGCCCAUUUUAUAAAGCAUGGUUUCGACGUUGGGACCUUCGCCAGCACGUCUCUCGUGCACAUGUAUGGUCAAUGCGGGGACCUCAGCGACGUCGCACGAUCGUUCGACGGAAUGCGUCACAGAAGUAAUGUCUCAUGGGGUGCAAUAAUCGACGCCUAUAUCACCCGUGGGCUUCUUUCGGACGCCUUGCGAUUAUUCGCGGAGAUGAGGAGUUUAGGGGUUCAUGCCAGUAAUGCGACUUUGGUCAGCGUCUUAAGCGCUUGCGCUAAGGUUCAAGAUUUGGCACUUGGAAGGAUGAUUCAUGGCCAUGCUGAAGUUAGGGGCAUGGAGCUCAAUGUGAUCCUAGGAACCACCCUGGUUAACAUGUACUCCAAGUGCGGAGCCAUAGAGGCGGCCAUGGACGUCUUCUCGACCAUGCCCACGAAAAGCGUGAUGUCGUGGAGUUGCAUGAUCAAUGGGUUGGCCAUGAAUGGACGUGGCCAAGCGGCCAUCGAGUUAUUCAGGGAGAUGCAGAGGUUAAGGCUGGAGCCCAACAGUGCAACACUCGUCGGGGUCCUAAAUGCAUGUAGCCAUGCAGGGCUAAUAGAUGAUGGAUUCGCGUACUUCUCGUGCUUGAGUGACACUUACCGCAUUGAGCCAAAUGUCAAGCAUUAUGGGUGCAUGGUGGACCUCUAUGGCCGAGCAGGGCGGCUUGAGGAGGCGGUAGAGGUAGUCGGAGCCAUGCCGAUGAAGGCCGACGCUGGAAUUUGGGGAGCUUUGCUUGGGGCGUGCAGAGUUCAUGGUAAUACCAAAUUGGGAGAGCUUGUAGCAGCGCAGAUCAUAAAAGUACAACCCCAUGGUCUAUCCGGAUGCACAGGUCUCUCCGAUAUGUAUGCCAUGGAUGGUCGGUGGGAUGACGCCGUUGGAGUUAGAAGGAUGAUGAUGGACGUGGAUAUUGGAAGAGAAGCUGGAUGGAGUGCCAUUAUGUAA